CUACAAUCAUGUGUGUAUUCUGUAUUUCUGUAUGUUCAACGAGAUCUUCAGUGCGCCUGAGACCCUCCGUCGAUUUAGUCAUCUCGCGUCCAUACUAUGCUAAGCGACAGCGAAACAAUCACGACGGUCCCGAGAGAUGCAAAGCAGCUUCUGAAAAAGGUCCUGAACGAUCGCUAGGAAGUUGCGCCGUACAACAAGUCGGGCUUCCUCAACAUGUGUCCCUUAGAGCGAAGUACAACGUAGUUUGAGCUAUCGUGAAUUGUGAGUAUGUACUGUGCUAUGAACAUGGUUUGAUUUUCUGCCAAGUAAACGUCGGCGGUUUCACUCCCACGGGACAUGGUGAGCUGGCUACACGAGAGGCUCAGAACGAUAGAAAAAGGCACAGUCAGGAUUUUCACGUACGGCCCCAACGAAGAUCUUCAUUCCCUGCCGGCCCAAAGCAGUCACGGAGUCGAGUGUCCUAUCGUCCAGCCUUUUGUUGAUCCACACCUGAGGCCAGACGAACCGGAAACAGCGCAGCCUGGCCGUCUUGGCGGUAUCACGAGAGCGAUUCGCCAACGCCCUGAACCAUGUCGAGCAGAGCUGCACCGUGCAGUUCUGGAAGGUGAGCUGCUCGAGGCGAGGGAGAAGAUGUCCAAGAAUCAGGUUGCGUCCGUUCAACUCGAGGAAAAAGUUGAGCGUGAACAGAACGUCGGGAUUCGACACAUGCAACUCCACGAGGAACGGCAACUUCUGCAGCAGUAAGAAGGCCGUGUAUCCUGCUGGAAAAUCGAGGUAGAGACUGCGCAAAGCUGGCAUUGCUGCCUGAACGAAACCCCCGAAGAGCUCGCGCUCAUAGUUCAAGUCAUCUUUGAUCGCCAGCACACGCAAUUUCGGAAAGCGAAAAUAGGACAGUGGGAAGACACUGCUACGGGAGCGUAGUAUCAGCUGCUGCAGCCUAUUGUGAUGCACGAGAACAGUCCCGGGGACCGGGAGCCACAUGUUCGAGGCCAAAAUCCCCACUGAGAAUCUCUCGAGAGUGGGUACAUUCUUGAAUACAAGCCGGAGGUGAUGGAUGUUUGCCAUGCCACAGUUGAGGUAGGUGAGUGCUGGCCACCCGGCCAAGUCGAGUUGGAGGAUACGAUCAAUGAACAUCGUCCUCAGACGGGGAGCAGCGACUGAGUUGAUUGAUGGCAUGGGAACAGACGAGAACGCGGCUGAUUCUAGCACGGGGAACGCGUCUGGUUUCACGGAUAUAGGAUACAAGAUCCAGGGCCGGUCAGAGAAAAGAUGGAUGUGCUGCAGUCUCGACGAAAAGUAGAGGAGCACCACCGGCACCGCGUAUGAGCCCAACAGGUCGCGCCUUCCCACCCUGUUCACGCUGAAGACAAGAGGGCGAUGAAUCCCCGAACGUGCAAACCAUACAACAGCGAAUUCCAUCAAUGUGCGGUCGUCCCAGUGCAUGGGUGUCGAGCACAGAUUGAUGUGGAGAUAACGCCAAAGCUGGGACGUGUCCAGCGCUACGAGUCUCCACUGUCGGCAGACAGCAGUGAGAGAGAGAGGCGCUAGACGUCGCCGAGGUCCCAUCCUCGGUCCGGGUGCAAGUGGGGGCUGAGGUGGCAGGCAGAGCACGAAAAUCAUUGACCAAAUUUCGCAGGGUAUCUUCGCUUGGGCAGAGCCAGCAUGAUAUGUGAGACCACGAUUCAUUGUGAAGAGAGAGCUCAUGGUGGUAGAAGGGGAGAGUGUUCUGGAACACAGUGGCAAGGCGGAGGGCUCUCUAAAAGUCGGCGAAAUUGAUCUCAGAGAGGCGUAAAGAAGAGCCCGGACAAUGGAGGACAGGAAUCGUGGCCCUCUUUAUGUCGACGACGCAUCAAAAGACACACUUGGAUCCGUGAAUUGUGCACGGCCAUUCAAAAGAGUCUUCAAGUAAUUGUCCUAGAAUCAGCUUGGGUUUUCAAGUGCAGGGUUGUUCUCGACAUCGAAGAGGCUUCCGAAUAAGGGUUUCUGACUGUCUCAUCGCUUUCCAGUGAUCGAUAGAGUAGCGGGUUGUAGCAAACGGUUUGCGUCGUGCGACGUCCGCAGUGAAAGAGCUGUAGCAUUGAUGAUGAUCUGCCAACACAGAGCAGCAUAGCCACCUGUCAAUCAACUCCGAGCGCACUCCCUAGUCUUGCCACUCAACCGGAGUCAAGUGCUGGGCCCUCUCCCCGCAGUCCUCGCGAGGGCAUACUUGUCUAUCCGUACAGUGUCUCCGCAAGUGAAAGCCACCCUUCCUGAUCAAUGUUGGCAUCGACGUCUACAUCGACGAAAAAACGUAAAGCCUCAGAGGGCGUGUCUAUCCCGAACGAAAAGAAUGCGAAGAAGGCACGCGUGAACUUGGCCGGAUCAAGGAGCAGUCGAAGGUUGGCUGGGCUGGAGAUUGCUCUGAGAGGGGAGGGAGACACGGAGGCGGGGACGGAGGGAGGAGAUGAUUCGCUCGGCGGGGAGUUGAAUCAGGACCUGUGGGUAGAUCAGGACGACGAGGGUCAAGAUCUCGACGAGGGCGAGGCAAACGGUUCUAUCUCCGCUGGACUCACAUGGUCUACGGCGCCGGCACACGUCGCGGACUUUUUCGAUGCCCACGCGUCAGGCUCGAUGUCAGCAAGGAAGCAUCAGCAGCAGGCUGACUCGGCUGGCACCGAAGACGAAGACGGUCGUGCGUCAGAGCAGGAGGACGACGACGACGACGAUGAGGAGGAAGAAGACGAGCUAUCCGACUCUGACGAGAUCCUGUCCCUCUCGCUCUCCAUCCCCACACUGCCCACCACCACCCCCACGCCCCGCCCCACCGCGCUCUCUGUCGCGGAAGCCAAAGUCACCUGCAUGCUCUCGGACGCCGUCGUAGCCGUCGCCGACAGCGCCCAGAACCACCUCGCGCUCUCGCAGCUCUCCCGCUCGCUUCUCGGCGCCGAUGCGCUGCGCCGCGAGCUCGCCUUGCUCGCGGACAAGGUGCACGUCGUCUCCGGCUUGGCUGCCGAGGAGAAGACGCGCGGAGAUGCGCUGCAGGCGGAGCUCAAGACGCUCCAGGCCCGCAACGCCGAGCUGGACGCGCGCAUCGCGGCGCUCGACGGGAGCGCCAGUGAGCGGGAGGCGUGGCUCGCCGGGAUGCAGGCCCGAGUGCGGGGACUCGAGGCUAGUGCGGACGAAGAGGAGAAUGCGAUCAAGGGACUCGAGGCGGAGAACGUCUCGUUGCGGGCGGAGUACUCUAGGGUCCAGCAGGUCAUGAGUGCCUUGCGGAUGAGUGUUUGAGUAGUUUCUUUUCCUCUGAUGUAUUUUUGUAUUAUUGACUCUUGCUUUCGAACGAACGAAAUACAGAAUCACA